UGACCAAACCUCUCCCACCUUCUUCUCCGUUGAAUAAUCCCAAACUGAAGAGAGAAAUUAUUUUUUUUCUCGUUUAAAUAAAAAAUUUAGAUUUAGAGAGAGAAACAUAUAGCCAAGCCAACAGCGAAGAGAGAGAGAGCUGCAGAGAGAUAUUUUCUGGGAAAGUUGAAGAAAUUCCUGGAAAGUUCUCAGAGAAAGAGAGAGAGAUAUGGCAACGCCGUUAACAGGGCUGCAACACAGGGAUGGAGGAGGAGGUGUGGCGGUGCUUUCGAAUUCACUUAACAAAGUUGAAUCUUCCAUGAAUUCUUGUUUGAAGAGCUCGGAGGAGCACAAGUCUCCGCUCUUGAUUUUCUUGUUAUUUCACAAAGCGAUUCAUAAAGAGCUCGAUGGGCUCCACCGAUUGGCCAUGGCUUUUGCUACCGGAAAGCGCACUGAUAUUGGUCCCUUGCUCGAGCGCUACCAUUUCCUUAGGUCGAUUUACAAGCACCACUCCAAUGCUGAAGAUGAGGUAAUUUUUCCAGCUCUCGAUAAUCGUGUGAAGAAUGUUGCGCAGACAUACUCCCUUGAACAUAAGGGUGAAACAAAUCUUUUUGAUAACCUAUUUGAGCUGCUAAGUUCUACAAGGCAAAAUGAUGAAAAUUUCCCAAGGGAGUUAGCAUCUUGUACAGGAGCCCUACAAACAUCGGUUAGCCAGCACAUGGCUAAGGAAGAGGAGCAGGUCUUUCCUUUGCUUAUUGAAAAGUUUUCAUUGGAAGAGCAGGCAUCUUUAGUAUGGCAGUUUUUGUGCAGUAUUCCUGUAAAUAUGAUGGCUGAAUUCCUUCCUUGGCUUUCAUCAUCUAUUUCCCCUGACGAAUAUCAGGACCUGCAGAAAUGUUUAAAAGAGAUAGUACCAGAGGAAAAGCUUCUACAACAGGUUAUUUUCACCUGGAUGGGAGGGCAAGGCAGCAAUAACAUGAUUAAUAGUUGUCUUGAUGAUUCUCAAAUCCAAUGUUGUAGUGAUUCUGGUUCUAGAAAGUUGGGUGAUGGAAUAGAUGAAGUGUACUGUGCAUGUGUGUGCAGGACUGGAAAAAGGAAAAGCAUGGAUGUUUCUGAUACCAGUGGGAUGCAUCCAAUAAAUGAAAUAUUGCUCUGGCAUAAGGCUAUUAAGAGGGAGUUGAAUGAGAUAGCCAAGGAGGCAAGGAAGAUUCAAUCUUCUGGAAAUUUUACUAAUUUAUCAGCUUUCAAUGAUAGACUGCAAUUCAUUGCUGAAGUUUGCAUCUUUCACAGUAUAGCUGAGGACAAGGUCAUAUUUCCAGCAGUAGAUGGAGAAUUUUCUUUCUUCCAGGAGCAUGCUGAAGAAGAAAGUCAGUUCAAUGAGUUUAGAUGUUUAAUUGAAACCAUUCAAAAUGCAGGAGCAGUCUCUACUUCGGAAGCUCAAUUUUAUGCAAAAUUGUGCUCGCAUGCUGAUCAAAUAAUGGAAACCAUACAGAGGCAUUUCAGUAAUGAAGAAGUGCAGGUUCUUCCACUUGCAAGAAAGCACUUCAGCUUCAAGAAGCAACGCCAGCUUUUGUAUCAAAGUCUAUGCAUGAUGCCCUUAAAGUUAAUUGAGCGGGUCUUGCCAUGGCUGGUGGAAUCACUGACUGAGGAGGACAUACAAAACUUUCUUAGGAACAUUCAAUUGGCAGCUCCAGCUGCAGAUUCUGCUUUGGUAACACUUUUUUCUGGUUGGGCUUGUAAGGCUCGUAACCAAGGUCUAUGCUUGUCUUCAGGAGCCAUUCGUUGUUGUCCAGUAAAAAGGCUAAGCGAUAUUGAAGAGGAUCUUAUUCCAUCAGUUUGCUCAUGUGCGUCUGCAUUGACUGCUAAAGAUAUCUUGAUUUCUGCUCAAAAUGUAGAUAAAAGGCCAGUCAAAAGAAAUGCAGCUGAAUCAAGGAAAAAUAGUCGAUCGCCAUACACCUCAGAGGCUGUAAAUGACCAAAAACAGUGUUGUAGUGAUCAGUCUUGUUGUAUCCCAGGAUUAGGAGUAAAUAUCAAUAAUCUGGGCCUAAAUUCUCUAUUUGUGGCUAAGUCUUUGCGUUCCUUGUCUUUUAGCUCUUCUGCUCCAUCUCUUGAUUCCAGUCUUUUUGUAUGGGAAACAGAUAAUAGCUCUUUUGAUUUUGGCCGUGGAGAGCGACCAAUCGAUACUAUUUUUAAGUUUCAUAAAGCCAUACGCAAAGACUUGGAGUAUUUGGAUGUUGAAUCUGGAAAGCUUAAUGAUUGUAACGAGACGUUCCUACGUCAGUUUAUUGGGAGGUUUCGUCUUCUUUGGGGUUUAUACAGAGCUCAUAGCAAUGCUGAGGAUGAUAUAGUGUUUCCAGCGUUGGAAUCCAAAGAGGCCCUUCAUAACGUCAGUCAUUCAUACACACUAGACCAUAAGCAAGAAGAAAAGCUAUUUGAAGAUAUUUCAUGCGUUCUUUCCGAACUUUCGCUCCUUCAUGAAAGCUUGCAGAAGGAAAAAUUAAACAAGGAUUCUAGUGAAAGUAGCACUGAAUAUUCUUCUGCCAACAGACUUGACUAUACUAGAAAGUAUAAUGAACUAUCUACUAAGUUGCAAGGGAUGUGCAAAUCUAUUAAGGUGACACUGGAUCACCAUAUAUUUAGGGAAGAACUUGAGCUGUGGCCGUUGUUUGGUAGGCACUUCUCUGUGGAUGAGCAAGACAAACUUGUCGGUCGUAUAAUUGGGACUACUGGUGCUGAAGUGCUACAGUCAAUGUUACCCUGGGUCACUUCUGCACUUACUCAAGAUGAGCAGAAUAAGAUGAUGGACACCUGGAAGCAGGCAACAAAAAAUACAAUGUUCAAUGAGUGGCUCAACGAAUGCUGGAAAGGAACUCCAGAAUCACCUCCGUACACUGAAUCAUCAGAAGUUAGCAUUCCUCAGAAAGGUGUGUAUUUUGGUUUUGAAUAUCAGGAAAGCUUGGACCAGGUGGAUCAAAUGUUCAAGCCUGGUUGGAAAGAUAUUUUCCGUAUGAAUCAAAAUGAGCUUGAGGCAGAGAUUAGGAAGGUUUACCGUGAUUUGACUCUUGAUCCAAGGAGAAAAGCAUAUCUUGUACAGAAUCUUAUGACUAGCCGCUGGAUAGCAGCUCAGCAGAAGUUACCCAAAACAACAGCAGGAGAAACUUCAAGUUGUGAAGAUGUUGCAGGACGCUCACCCUCAUUUCGAGGUGAUCCAGAGAAAAAAGAGUUUGGGUGUGAGCACUACAAAAGAAACUGCAAGCUUCGUGCUGCUUGCUGUGGCAAGUUGUUUACUUGUAGAUUUUGCCAUGACAACGUGAGCGACCACUCUAUGGAUAGGAAAUUGACGACAGAAAUGAUGUGCAUGGGCUGCCUGAAGAUUCAACCAGUUGGACCUACAUGUACAACACCCUCAUGCAAUGGCCUCUCCAUGGCAAAAUAUUACUGCACCAUUUGCAAAUUUUUUGAUGAUGAAAGGACUGUCUAUCACUGCCCAUUUUGCAAUUUAUGCCGCGUGGGGAGGGGUCUUGGCAUUGAUUAUUUUCAUUGCAUGACAUGCAACUGUUGUCUUGGCAUUAAGUUAGUGAAUCACAAAUGCCUUGAGAAAAGUUUAGAAACAAACUGCCCCAUCUGUUGUGAUUUUCUUUUUACAUCAAGUGCAGCAGUUAGAGCUCUACCUUGUGGCCAUUACAUGCAUUCUGCUUGCUUUCAGGCGUACACUUGCAGUCACUAUACCUGUCCAAUUUGCAGCAAAUCUUUAGGAGAUAUGGCGGUAUAUUUUGGCAUGCUUGAUGCUUUGCUGGCUGCUGAGGAACUUCCAGAGGAGUACAGGAACCGUUGUCAGGAUAUUCUGUGUAACGACUGUGAUCGAAAGGGCAGCACACGCUUUCACUGGCUAUAUCACAAGUGUGAGAAUUGUGGUUCUUACAACACCCGAGUGAUCAAGACAGACUCAGCGAUUCCCGACUGCUCUUCAUCACAUUAGUGAAUGAGACUUCACAAAAAGGUGAAGAUAUAAUAUUUUGUAGAUACUUGUAUAGGCCAUUCAGUUUUCUUUGCAUGGAAAUCGGUCAAUAUCUGUUUUUUUUUCUUGCAUUCAUGCAAGCUCAGACACAUGAAAUUUUAUAGAUGUUCUUAUAUGUGUCAAGUAUUUGGAGAUAUGAUAUAGGAGAGUAAAAAUCACUGAAAUGCGGUCAUGUACAGCUACUAGCAGCACCUUUUUUGGUGCAGAAUUUUUUUACCAGCUAAUCUGUUACCUGAGAUUA